UGUCACCGUGGGGACGGGGCCAGGCGGGUCUCACCGUGGGGACGGGGACAGGUGAGUGUCACCGUGGGGACAGGGACAGGUGAGUGUCACCGUGGGGACGGGGCCAGGCGGGUCUCACCGUGGGGACGGGGACAGGUGAGUGUCACCGUGGGGACAGGGACAGGUGAGUGUCACCGUGGGGACGGGGCCAGGCGGGUCUCACCGUGGGGACGGGGACAGGUGAGUGUCACCGUGGGGACAGGGACAGGUGAGUGUCACCGUGGGGACGGGGCCAGGCGGGUCUCACCGUGGGGACGGGGACAGGUGAGUGUCACCGUGGGGACAGGGACAGGUGAGUGUCACCGUGGGGACGGGGCCAGGCGGGUCUCACCGUGGGGACGGGGACAGGUGAGUGUCACCGUGGGGACAGGGACAGGUGAGUGUCACCGUGGGGACGGGGCCAGGCGGGUCUCACCGUGGGGACGGGGACAGGUGAGUGUCACCGUGGGGACAGGGACAGGUGAGUGUCACCGUGGGGACGGGGCCAGGCGGGUCUCACCGUGGGGACGGGGACAGGUGAGUGUCACCGUGGGGACAGGGACAGGUGAGUGUCACCGUGGGGACGGGGCCAGGCGGGUCUCACCGUGGGGACGGGGACAGGUGAGUGUCACCGUGGGGACAGGGACAGGUGAGUGUCACCGUGGGGACGGGGACCGGCUGAGCCCCGCAGACGCUCCACUGGGUCCGGGUCCCGCCGGGAGCGGGCAGAUUCAGACGGUGUCAGGCUACCACUAAAAGCUGCCUGUGUUUGGGUUUAGGUUGAAUAUCCUGAUGAGUAAGUUGUCUUGGAGCACGGUGGGGCGUGCACGAUCACACCUUCUCAGGAACCAUGUGCUGAGGUUCCCUUGGUGAGCAAGACCUGGACUACUGUACAUGGAAGAGAAUGGGAUCCCUUUGUGGCAGCUCUGCACAAGGGACUGUUUGAGCACUGCGGGGGCUCCUCUCAGCAGCAGCCCAUGGGAGGUUUAGCACAGGAGGAGAUGGAUAACCCCACGUUCAGAAGUGACACUGUGCUGUCAGAUGUUCACCUGCACUGCCCGAGCAAAAGUCACCUCAUGGUACGGCUGAAUGCAGUUGGACAGCCAGUGUUCCUGUCAUAUUUCAAACUCCUUUGGAGCACAGAAGAUUUGGCAUCUGGGAAACAUGUGAGAGAAAUUACCACAGGAAGAGAACACCAGUGCAGAAGUGAUGAACUGUGUGACAAGGACAGCAGUAACAUAAAAAUAGAAGGAGAAUUAAAUAGUGAAGGAGUAGAAGCUCUGCUAGAUGAUGAUGGAGACCUGGAAGUGGUCAGAAGGCCUCGAAGUGCCUCUGCUGUGCAAGCAGAGGAUCUUUUGAGGGAUAUAGUGUGUCCUGUAAUUCUGAUGAAAGGGAAAGAAGAUGCUUUUGAAGAUGAAGAGCAGGAGUGCACUUGCAGUGAUGUUGUUAAAAUAGAACACACUAUGGCAACCCCCCUAGAAGAUGUUGGUAAACAAGUCUGGCGUGCUGCCUUCCUUCUGGCUGAUUACAUUCUCUUUCAAAGGGACACGUUCAGGUGCUGCUCUGUGCUGGAGCUUGGAGGAGGCACUGGAAUUACCAGCGUUAUCAUGGGAACAGUUGCCAAGAGAGUUUAUUGUACAGAUGUUGGUGAAGAUCUUCUGACCAUGUGUGAGCAAAAUGUUGCAUUAAACAAACACCUGAUGGAGCCAGGAGGAGGGGAAAUUAAAGUGAAGGAACUGGAUUGGCUGAAAGAUGAAUUCUGCACUGAUCCUGAAGCUCCUUAUAGCUGGUCUGAAGAAGAGAUUGCUGAUUUGCUUGAUCACUGUUCUGUUAUAAUGGCAGCUGAUGUAUUCUAUGAUGAUGACCUGACAGAUGCCUUGUUCAGAACUCUGUAUAGAAUCACACACAACUUGAGAAAUUCUUGCACAGUUUACUUAGCACUGGAAAAGAGGCUGAACUUCACUUUAAGACAUAUGGAUGUUACAUGUGAAGCCUACACUCAUUUUAGAAAUACUCUAAAUGAUUUGGAGAACCUCCAAGAUGGAAAAAUGAAAUAUACAGUGGAGCCUAUUAAGCUUGAUUUCUGCCAGUUCCUUGUUUAUGAACGAAUUGAGCAGUUGGAAUUGUGGAAGGUCAUGGCUGAGCACCUAACGUGACAGGCUCACCAGAAAAGAGAAGAUCUUUACCUAAGGAGAAGGGCUGCUUUGGUGUUCUGUUAAGGAUUUUCAUCCCAAGAAAAGUGGAAUUGUGUUCUCAGAAAGCAUUGCAAUGCAGUUUUGCAUUACUUUUUUUGGUUUUGGCACUUCAUUUCUUGGACUUGUACACGUGGACAUGAUUUCUUUGAUGUUUCUCAGUGCCUGCUGGAUGUCAGACAGUGGCAGUGACACGUGGGUCACUUUGGGAUUGAUGACUUCACUUUUAGAGACUGGCAAAGAACCUUUUCCAUGUGGCUGAUUUGCAGAUGUCGCGCAUUUCCCUGUUAAUUUUACACAACAUGGGCAUUGUUCUCAGUCUUAUCCCAGUUCCACACAUUAUUUCUAUUUAUGGACACUUGUGGAACAAUGUUCUGGACAAGACUUGUUUGUCAUGAAUUAAAUUUUCUUUAAGAAAUUUGUUUAUGAAACUUGGCCCUUAAUUCUCAGUUUGUCCUAUAUAAAUCACUCUAGUUUAGGGCCACUGUCUGAAUUGAAAGGAGACAAGAUGCAUUUUGUAUGAGGCUCUAAAAAUACUCCACAGAGGUUUUGGAGUAUAGGCGGUCAACCCUAUAUUGUCCUGCAGGAAUUUUAAGUUAUUCUGUGCUAGGCAGGUUGAGGGUGAGAAGGUACCACAUGAAGGAAGAUGUUAAUCCAACAAUUCCCAAACUAGUGUUUGUAGGUUUGUUAUGUAAUGUUACUAACUUUGGUAGAUUUAACUAUUUUUAAUGUAGCUGCUUAUUUCAGUAAUGAUUUUUUGAAAGCUGUACAAGAAUCAAUUUGAGCUUAUGUGAAGUAAUGUGAGCAGUUAGGGAAUCCCGUGGUUUUUCUCACACAGGAUUUCUCAAAGUCUUUGGAAUUAUCAACAGAUAAUUCACCUGCAAGUCCUUCAUUUCUGUGAGAAAAGAGAAAGUAGGGACUUAAAUUAAAACCUUUGAAUAUUUCUACUCAGCUGUGGAGAUUAAGUUUUCACUUGGAAAACUGACUUUCUCUUAAGAGAAGCAAAGGUGACACAAUUAUAGUUAUUGGUCAGUAGAAGAACUUGAACUUUUAUGUGACACCCAAAUAUGCACUACCAACUAAUUGCAUUUGUUUCUUUUAAAUAUUUGUUGAUGUGAAACUUUGAGAGUUACUUUGUUGUGAACAUCUGUGUGUCAUUUUGCAGUAGAAAAAAGUUGAAGACGCUCCUUUGAUGGGAUAAAUUCUGUAUAUUUAUCAUUGCUGGGUGUUCUCAAGUGUAGGUGGCUAUUUGUAGGCCAUCCUUGUAGCUCCAUCUGCUGUACAACACUUUGAGUCAAAACAUUUUACAGUUUGUUCAACACCCUGUUCCUUUCUCGUUUGACAAUAUUGUAUUUUGGAGUAACAGUUAGGUGGCAUGUGUGGUUCUGCACUUCUCACCUAGACUUGCAGAUGAAGUUACAGUGGAAAUAAUCCUGAAAAAAAAGGUGGUGUUUAAUUGCCUACUGUUUUUACAGUGGCUUUAGGAGGCUGCCUCCAGCAGUCUGGGGUUUUCCAGCAACAUUCUAGGAAGAAGUGGAUGCACCUCGUGUGUGUGUUUGUGUGUGUGUGUGUGAUGGGGACUUCUCAUUCCUGAGAAGAUGAGGAAUUAAAUUGGGUCUCAAAGUUCUAUAGCAGAUAACUAUCAUGAGAUUGUUCAUUAACUCAGCUGUUUGUGGACUUCUACAUCCACCACUAACUAGUUCCAGUCCUUUUCCAUUUUCACCAGAGGAUUAAGGGCUUUGCCCCUGGCAGUUGCAUUUCUGGGUUUCAUUUUGUUUGCUUUGUUUUUUCAUUCUGGUAGACAACAUCUUAAAAUUUGUAGAAAUAAUUUUGUGUGUCCGAGCUUUCUACUUGCUGAGCAUAUUUUGUGUUCCAGUUGUAUAUUUUCCCCUUCCAUAGUGUUGGUUAUAGUAGUUUUGCAAUCUGAAUUCUAUGUUUUUGAUUUCCAGGAAACCUAAUUGCCAGUGUAGUUUUCCAUUGGAUUAAUGAGAUCUAAUCCAGCUGACUGCUGUGAUGCAGUCAGGGCCAUCAGUGGGGAUGUGUUGCUGGGGGUAUAAAGAGAGAGCAGACCAACUAUUUUGAUGGCAAUGGAUAUCUGGGUCCACGUUGGAGUUAUGUGUGACUGUGCUACCAAUGUGGCAGUGCAGGGUGUGUUAGCAAAGCUGACUUUCCUCCGUCCUGUGCCUGAAACCACAUUACCUGGAGUCAGACUGCCAUGAGUGUGACAGCCAGAUGCUGCUGCUGACUUUAAAGGCAGUUAUUGGUGCUGAGUGUUGGGUACAGGAAACUGAAGGCUGCUUCUAAAAGUGGGUGCUGAAUUCCUGUCUGCUUGUUACAGCAUGGCAAGGAAAGCUGCCUGUCUCAAGCUUGCAGAGAUUUUUCAAUCUGCAAGUAAAUUGAAAAUUAUUCACUUAAUGCUUAUCAACUUGUCUUUAAAGUGCAGUUCACUUCCUGAGUGUGAUCAUAGUAUUUGUAAUGUGAACACUUUGGAGGUUCAAGUGAAGUAGGAGGAUUUGAAAAUGGGCUAUUUCUUGCUGCCAGGCUGUCAUGCUGUGACAUAGGUCCAGAGGUUUGUGUUCUUUUACAGACUCAUCUUGACUCUUUUUGUGUGCCCUUUGCAUCUCCGCUGCAAGUUGAUGCAUUAACAGAAUAAAGCUUCCUCUUGAGAAAUAACUGCCUCUCUAUGCUGCCAGCAGUGCAGUCAGCUAUGUCAGUACAGCAGAUGGCCUCAGAGAAAGUUUCCCCCAGCAGAUGGCACAUGGAAUUUCUUUAACAAUACCAGCACUUAAAGACAGUAACAAAAUAUCUACAUUUAUAUGUACGUGUGUUUGUGUUUAUUUACACAGUGCCCAGGCCAGCCCCAGCGGUGUGAGCAAGAAGAGAUGCAAAGGAACAUCCCUAGCUUGGGAAUGUAUUCUCUAAGCUUCUUCAGUAAAUAUUCAAAGGGGCUACUUGUCAGAUAGUGAGUAAGAUAUAUAAGAUGUUAAUAAUAAUUAGAAGUAACAUAAUUCCUGCCUCAAAGUUAAGUCAAAAUACAUGUAAUAAAUCAGGCAAGAAAGUUGACAGGGAGUUGGACAGAAAAUGGCAUGAAAAAAGUGAAGUUCACUGCUCUGUUCUUGUUCUGUGGGAUAUCAGUAGCAGGUUUACAUUGUAGGAUGAUCAGAAGGGGCGCCAGGAAAUUAUCUGCUCUGUAUUCAUCUCAGAACAGAAUCAUGUUCAUAUGAGACUCUUGAUAAGUGUUAUCAAAGGCUCUCAUCAUAGAGAUCCUGUAUUUCUCCCAGUAAUCCGUUCUAGUGCUUCCUUAUCCUUUAUGAUUAAAAUG